GAGUAUAAACACCAGCAGGACCUACUCGGGGCUUUAAAACCUGCGAACACGCCGCUGCCUCCAAACUGCCUGGGGGGUGAUGUGCUGCAGUGGCAGAGGGGAGAGCAGCAUGAGGCUCCAGCUGGAGAAGCAGCUCCUCUUCCUCUCCCUCCUCUGCAUCCUCUCCAAGGUGUGUGCCCAGCUGUGCCGGAGACCUUGCUACUGCCCCUGGGUGCCCCCCCGCUGCCCCCGCGGGUCCCCCCUGGUCCUGGAUGGCUGCGGCUGCUGCAAGAUCUGCGCCCGGCGCCUGGGAGAGCCCUGCGACUUCCUGCACGUCUGCGACCAGAGCCAGGGCCUCGUGUGUGACUACAGCGCAGCACCCAUGGGGAGAGCCACCUGCAACUUUGAAGACAUCGAAGAGGGCUGCGAGGUGAACGGCCGGGUCUAUCGGGAUGGGGAGGUUUUCCAGCCCAGCUGCAAGCUCCAGUGCCGCUGCCUGGAUGGGGGCUUCACCUGCAUCCCGCUGUGCCAGGAGGAUGUCCGCCUGCCCACCCCGGACUGCCCCUACCCGCGGCGCGUGGAGGUGCCAGGGAAGUGCUGCCCUGAGUGGAUCUGUGAAGCCCGGGACCAGCACCAUCCCCUCCAGGAUGCUGGGGCAGCCCCAAGGGCAGUGUCCCCGCUGCUGCCGUACCCAUGCCAGGAGUGGGGCACGGAGUGGAGCGCCUGCUCAGCCACCUGCGGCAUGGGCUUUUCUACCCGCGUCUCCAACCAGAACCGCUACUGCAGGCUGGAGACUCAGAGGCGGCUCUGCAUGGCCAGACCCUGCCCGGCUCUGCCGGCAGCAUCCCCAGUGCGAGGAAACAGAGGUUAUUUGUAGCUGUUCCCACCCUAGUUGCAUCCCAGAGCCAACAUCUCAUCCCGGCAAAGAGUCUGGCACAAGCCCAUGGCACUGUGGUUUUGGUGAAGAUGGAGAAUAUGUCCCUUGGGAAACUGGGAAUGAACUGAUGGCUGCAAAGGAGGGUGGAAUAGAGAACAAGAUCCCCAUGUCACCCAGCACCUACCCCCUCUGCACACCCUGCUGCCCCAGGCAGGGUUAUUGGGCAGCAUCCACAAGUUUCUUUGGCUGAAUGAAAUGGAAAAUGGAGAAACCCUGCAGUGAGUGUGAACCCACCCGAGGAACCAGGAAUUGGUCCGUUCCCACACUGGUGGUGCUUUUGGAGAAGUGAUGCUACUGCUCCACCAUGUCACACACACACAGCUAUGCUCUGCAGGGGAUGCAAGAGAGACCAUCUCCAAUACCUGGAAGCCCAAAUCCCCAGGGGAACCCUCAUGGGACCAAUCCCCAAGGACGGAGCAGGUACAUGGAGCCGCACACCACGACUCACCACCAUGCGAGGCUGAGCAGCUCAACCAUGCAUGAACUAAACCAUCCCACAACAUCCACCCUGCACCCAGCAGCAGCCUUCCCGAGCAUGGGCAGAAGCACCCUCCUGCCUGCAGCUCUAAUUCACCUCCAUUCUAAUUCACCACAUCUCUCCAGAAUCAACAUGGACCUUCCUGCUCUGUCCGGCCUCCUCCUCCCCAAAGCACUGUUGGUUUGGCAGGGCUUUGGCGAGUGAGGAGCUCAGACAC